AUGUCGUUCGACCCUCACAAUGUUGACCUGGACACAGUCGACCCGGCCGAGAUAGUUUGCUACCUCAAUGCCGAAGGCAACGAAUAUAACGGCCAAAUCGGCGCACGCAUCUCCGCCAUCUUCGUAAUCCUCAUUGUCUCCUCGGCAGCAACCUUCUUCCCAGUGCUAGCACAACGCGCCCCACGCCUCCGAAUCCCAAUCUACGUCUACCUCUUCGCAAAGUACUUCGGAGCCGGCGUAAUCAUCGCAACAGCCUUCAUCCACCUCCUCGACCCGGCAUACAGCGAAAUCGGCAGCAACUCCUGCGUCGGAAUGACAGGCCACUGGGCAGACUACGCAUGGUGUCCAGCAAUCGUUCUAACCUCAGUGAUGAUCAUCUUCCUCAUGGACUUCGGCGCCGAGCGCUGGGUCGAGCUGAAAUACGGUAUCUGCCGCGACGACCCAGAGCCCAUGAUGGCAAAUGGGGGUGAAGUGCGACGUGUUGUCUCGCGUGCGUCGGCGCGACACCCGGACGAUAAGCUCGUCAAGGAGGUUGAGUCGCAGACUCAGGAGCUGGACAUCGAGCGCUCGGUUAGGCAGCAGAUUGCUGCGCUGCUGAUUUUGGAGUUUGGUGUUAUCUUCCACUCUGUUAUUAUUGGUCUCAAUCUUGGUGUUGCUGGUGAUGAGUUUGCUACGCUUUACCCUGUUCUGGUCUUCCAUCAGUCUUUUGAGGGUCUUGGUAUCGGGGCGCGUAUGUCGAGUAUCCCGUUCAAGAAGGGGAGUUGGUUGCCUUGGGUCUUGUGUGCUGCUUAUGGUCUUACCACCCCGGUUUCUAUUGCUAUUGGUCUUGGUGUGCGCACCACUUAUAAUCCUGGGUCUUUCACUGCCAAUGUUGUUUCUGGUGUGCUUGACUCCAUCUCCGCUGGUAUCUUGCUAUACACUGGUCUUGUUGAGCUGCUUGCUCGUGAUUUCUUGUUUGAUCCUCAUCGCACCCAGGAUAACAGGCGGUUGACUUUCAUGGUGUUGACUAUGAUCCUUGGUGCUGGUAUCAUGGCUCUGCUUGGAAAGUGGGCUUGA